AGAAAUUAAAUGCAGGCUAGGACAAACCAGACCAGGCCAGCUAGCCUCUCUUCUCUCUUUCGUAUAAGAUUUCAUCAAACUGAGUUGCUCAGAUCGUUAGUGUAACAACUAACAAGUGUCUCCAAUGGAUACAUCUCUUAUGACGGAGUUUCUCAGGAAGUCCGGUGGUGCCGCCGUUAUCGACGGCGGACUCGCCACAGAGCUCGAACGCCAUGGCGCGGACCUCAACGAUCCUCUAUGGAGCGCCAAAUGCCUUCUCACUUCUCCUCACCUUAUUCGCGGGGUUCACAUUGAUUAUCUUGAAGCUGGGGCAGAUAUUAUAAUUACAGCAUCUUAUCAGGCCACAAUUCAGGGGUUUGUAGCCAGGGGCUAUACAAAGGAAGAAGGCGAAACCCUGCUCAAGAGAAGUGUUGAAAUUGCUCUUGAGGCUCGAGAUAUUUAUAAGUCAAGGUGUGAAAGCACUCCUAGUGAUAUUGUAGACCGUAUAGUUCUCAAGCAUCGGCCAAUCUUAGUUGCAGCAUCUGUUGGAAGCUAUGGUGCUUACUUGGCUGAUGGGUCUGAGUACAGUGGAAAUUAUGGUGAUGCUAUUACGCUAAAAUUUCUGAAAGAUUUUCAUCGAAGGAGGGUCCAAGUCUUAGCUGUAGCAUGUCCUGACCUGAUUGCUUUUGAAACAAUUCCAAAUAAAUUAGAAGCUCAGGCUUUUGCUGAACUCAUGGAGGAAGAAAGCAUAAAUAUUCCUGCAUGGUUUUCCUUCAACUCCAAAGAUGGUGUCAAUGUGGUUAGUGGUGAUUCAUUUGUAGAAUGUGCUACAAUUGCUGAAUCAUGCAGGAAAGUUGUUGCUAUUGGAAUCAACUGUACUCCUCCAAGAUUUAUUCACGGACUGAUAUCAUCUAUUAGUAAGGUGACUACAAAGCCAAUACUUGUAUAUCCAAAUAGCGGUGAAAGUUAUGACCCAGUUAUAAAGCAGUGGGUGGUAAGUUCAUUUCCUCUGGUUGCACGGUCACUACAUCGAACAUUAUAUAUUGUUUCGCUAAAAAUUUUUUCACAUAAAGUUGGGCACCAACAAAGCCAAGGACUAAGUAUUUCCUUUGCAAAACCAAUCAGUAAAAAUAGCUUGAUUGUUCUAUUGCAGCAAAAUACAGGAGUUUCCAAUGAUGAUUUUGUUUCAUAUGUAAACAAAUGGAUCGAUGUAGGAGCUUCUCUUGUGGGAGGUUGUUGCAGAACAACUCCAGAGACUAUCCGGGGGAUCUACCGAUCUUUUUCUAAUAAACGAGGGCUUAGCCUGAGCGACACCAUUCUAACUUUAAAUAAGUAGAAGAGAGCAGCAAGGACUUUGUGCUGGAAACAAAGCUGUUGAGAAGCCAAAAAUGUCCUGUUUGGGUUGGAAACUUGGAAGUUGUGGCAAGAAACAUGAUAGGAGAAGCUGAGGUUUUAAUGAAUCUGCCAAAAGCUACAUAAAGGCACACCAACUUGUAUCAAAUUUUGUUUACUUUCUAUGCUUUUAUAUUACUGUUGUAACCAAUAAUCUCAAGUGACUAAAUUUUCUUUUGUAGUUAUAUCAUCAUAUGACUAUAAUUUAUCAGGAUUCAUAACUUUACGUGGUU